AGCCUGGAAAGUGCCAACACUCCUAUGAGAAAAGACGAGAGAGAGAGAGAGAGAGAGAGGAAAGAAAAAGCAGGUUAUUUAUAACGCCAGGCAGCAUUAGGGUCUAUUCAGUCUCUCCUGCAAACUGCCUGCUGCUAGGAGGUCACUCCCCAAAAACCUGCCGAGCCCGUGACCUGCAAGCACAAUAUUUGAUCUGGGAUCUAGGGCGGGCACCAACCUUUGCAAAGUGGGAGUCUCACUCACAUGCUCCUUAACACUCAGGAGAUCCAGGAGAACAGCCACGCUUUGGGAAGGAGGCUCUUAGCUUGGUUCCUCCAGGGUCAGCAUCAUGCAUUGGGCUACAGUCCUGAUAGUUGCUGGUCUCUGCGGAGUCUCCCUGGGCCAGUACGAUGAAGAAGAAGAUUUGGCUUGGUUACAGUACUAUAUGCGACAGUCUCGGCUGUCAUCCUAUAACUACAUGCCAUACUAUGAGGACGAAAACACUCCUUAUGUUUACUCUUACCUUCCGGCUCCAGACACAGAGGCAGAGCCUGGCCCUGAACCUCAACAGGCCCCUUCACGGGAAUGUCCUCAGGAGUGCGACUGCCCCCCUAACUUCUCUUCAGCCAUGUACUGUGACACCCGCAAUCUGAGGUAUCUGCCCUUCGUGCCUUCCAGGAUGAAGUACGUCUACUUCCAGAACAACCAGAUCACCUCCAUCCAGGAAGGGGCGUUCGACAAUGCCACAGAGCUGGAAUGGCUCGCGCUGCACAACAACCAGAUCACCAGUGAGAAGAUGGGCAAGAGGGUCUUUGCCAAGCUCAAAAACCUAGAGAGGUUAUACAUGAACAACAACAACCUAACCAAGAUGCCCAGCCCCUUGCCCCGGUCCCUGAGAGAACUCCACUUGUCUUACAAUCAGAUCUCCAAGGUCCCAUCCAAUGCUCUGGAGGGCCUGGAGAACCUCACAGCCCUGUACCUCAGCCACAAUCAGAUUUUUGAAAUGGGAGCAUCCCUCAAAGGGCUCAAGUCUUUGAUCCUUGCUGAUCUGAGCUACAACCACCUCAGAAAAGUCCCUGAUGGCCUCCCAAUAGCUCUGGAACAGCUCUACCUAGAGUACAACCACAUCAACUCCAUUCCUGAUGACUAUUUCAGGGUCUCUCCUAAGCUGCUCUAUGUGAGGAUGUCCCACAACAGCCUGACAAAUCAGGGUCUCUCUACCAACACUUUUAACAGCAGCAGCAUCCUCGAGCUAGACCUCUCUUACAAUAGGCUUCAGAAGAUCCCACGGGUCAGCACCAACCUGGAGAACCUCUACCUUCAAGGGAACCAAAUCAAUGAGUUCUCCAUCAGCAGUUUCUGCACCGUCGUGGAUGUCAUGAACUACUCCAGGCUCCAGGUGUUGCGGCUCGAUGGGAAUGAGAUCAAGAGGAAUGCGGUGCCCCCGGAUGCCCCGCUAUGCCUUCGGCGCGCCACCAUCAUCGAGAUCUAGCCUGGCCCCUGGCCCCCUCCCCGUCCUCAGGACAGUGCUCCCCCGAUCCUGGGGAGACUCUCCCUCCCAUUUCAAUGCAGCUUGAUGGUUCAACUUGGCUACCGCAAUAGUGCAAUAAUAAGGGUACGCCAGCAACAGCCUACGCAGGUGCCCGGCCAGGAUCUGUCCAUCCCCAAACGCUCCCCCUUCCCGGCUCUCUGCAGGGAGGGGACGGGUCUCGGCAUGGUUCCUCCCGACUGCCGCUCUCCAGAGCACUGCUGCGCCGCCACUUCCAGGGCUUUGGGUGGGACACAUCCCAUCUCCAAAAUGUGGCAUCGAGCAGCCAGCUCCGGCUGGGAAGGUUUCAGGAGUGCGUUCUGCAGAACGAGCAAAUUUAAAAUGGUUCAUCCCAGGCCCAGUUUUUGGCCUCAGUGGUGCUGGGAGCUGCUGAGCUGCACAGGUAAAAGGUUGAAGAUUUCCUGGUUGUCAGCAGCCCUCAUGCUAGGAUGGGGGGAGCACGUGCAUGCUUUCGCCCAUCUGUCCACCCUCCACCAGCCUCCUGCUCCAAACAGCUCCAGCACUAAAGCAAAUGGGAUCAAAACCUUUCCUGCUACUGCAAAGCAGCCAUCAGCUGCUAGGUUAGAGGGAAACUACCCGGAAAAGCAGGCUGUUCGCAGGUGUCUCUGAAGGUGUUUCCUACACCCUGCAAGGCAGGCCAUGAGGGGCAGGACUAGUGAGGUGAGGGAUGGGGCACACGUGGACACAGCCCGUUUGGCUUCGUCCUUCCCAUCGGCUUGGCUGGGAGCUCUUCCCCACCCAGGCACUUGGGGGUCUCCCAUUUAUACAAACAGCAGUAGCACAUGCAUCAGCAGCACAUUUUAACUUCACAAAACCCAAAAAAGCCACUUGGUUCCUUGCACGAGCUAGUCGGGGGACCAAAGGGGCAGCUGAGCUCUGGAGAUGACUUGCAAAGCUGGAGAGGUCACCUAGACCCUCUGCAUUUAAACUGCAUGCUAACAUUAUAGAAACAAAAAUCCAAAAAAACCUGUACUAUCACCGACGCAUGAACUGUAGAUAUCAUACUGACAAAUAAAGCCCUUUCUGUAACUGCA